GUGAGUGUGUGUGAAAGCCUGGGCACACACACACUUAGCUGGGUCAAUACAUGUGGGAGAUUCUAUUGUAAAACCAAAAUAAAAUAAAAGUCCCGCCAGUUGAGGAAAGAUACUAUAGUAUUGUGAUCCAUAUGCCUGCCCUUGGAGUUUCAUUCAUGUUCACUGGAGCUGGUUUAGGGAGCUGAACCUUUGCUUGUUUUAGCAUUAAUUUCAUGAGAAUAAAGUGUUGAGCUCCGUUUUGAAGUGAGCUGAGACCAGUCGUCCCGUCCCUCUGGUAAAUUUAUGAAUCCAGAAUGAAGACAAGAGGUAGAAUUUACAGAUAUGUGGGAGAAGUGGUUACCAAGGUGAGUGAACAGCCUUCAGAGGAGACCAAGUCCGGUAAACCCGACAAGACUGCUCCUCCUGGUGAAGCCUCUGAAGCUACAAAGACUACAACCCCUGUGGAAGCUGAGAAGGGUCAAGGAGACGGCGGUCAAGAUAAGAAAGCACCUGUUCUCCCCAAGCCAUCCGAUGACAAGGCCAGCGACAGCGACAGCGACAGCGAACAGAGUCAGAGACGGAGGUCAGCUAGGAAGGGUCUAACGAAGGUUGCUGGGGAAGGUACGAAGAGUGGAGACGAAGGUGGGGAGAAGACGGGGGAUGCUCAAGAUGUGGAGGACAGGAAAGCUGAAGGAACUUUGGAGGAAACUCCAGGGAUGGUGAAAGAUGCAAAGGUUCUGCAGGAUGCCUCAGAGAAGCAGAUGGAGGUCACUGAAGAAGCAGCCGGUCCAGCGCCACAAGAAAAUGGAAUGGAGAUCGCAGGUGCAAAGGACAAGGUUGCGGAGAUGCCCAAAUUAUCCUUACAGAGCCCAGCAAGGAUUAUGAAAGCCAGGAAGUCAUUCCCAUCCAAAAAGGCAAGAGGAAUGAGUGCCGAGGAUGAUCCUGAUAAUGAUGAAGAUAGCAUAAUGGAGUAUGUUGAACUCUCCCCUGAACUCUCUGAUCAAGCAGAGAGCGAAGAUGCCUUUGAUAUGCGUCCUCAGGAUGAAGACUUGCCAGAUAGGAAUACCAAUAGUGACACCACAGUGGAUGAAAGAAGUACCCCGAGUGAACCAGAAGACAGUUUGGGCUCAGAGAGUAGUUCUUCAGUGCCUUCAUCAAAUUCAGGUAAAUCUGCCAGAAAAUCAGUGCCUGUUGACAAGCCAGAUGGUAAAAAAUCUGCCAAUGCCAGAGCUAAAAAUGUGAAAUCUCAAUCUGAAAGAGUGGUCCAACUCCAUGUAGGUGGUGAGGAGGCCAUGGACAUUGGUGCUGCAAGCAGAAAAACCCUGAUGGACACAUCAACAGUAGAUGUACAUGUAGACCCACUCUCUGCAGGAACCUCACAUACCAAAGCAAAAGCCUCCAUCAAAACCAGCGGCUCUACUGCCAAAAGCCCUGGACACAUUCCCGAGCAGUCUGAUCAAGAACAGCUUCAAACCCAAUCUGCCAGUGAGCCAGUGGCAGGGACGGCAGCAGAGUCGCAUCUAUCGUUAUCUGGCACUUCCACUCCCGUCGCAGACUUUCCAGUUGGGAAUGCUGGGUCCAUGAUUCCAGAUAGGGCUGCAUUUGCUAAAGGAAUGUCGGUGAAGCGGAGUACAAGACAGCGAAAGCCAACCCACUUUGGACAACACUCGAGGAGGAAGAGGCAAAAGAAUGUUUCAGAUUCUGAUUCCACAGACCAUCAAUCAGAGAGUAGCAUGGAUGCAGCUCGGGGUAAGAGGAUGCGUCGAUCAAACGGUAUGGAAGCAGGGGCAGAGCACAGCUAUGCUAGAAGAGACCUUAUCUAUUAUCUUUUAGAGAAGCAAGGUCCAGUUGUUCUUACUCUCCCAGAUGCUGCCGGAGACAAUCCAAAACGUGGGUUGGAACCUCCCUUAUGUUGCUGCAAGAUGGAGCAACAGAGGCCUGCCACUGUGGUAGCCACGACCUGUGAGGCUUUAGAAGUUGUCAAAGGAAAUAUUGCUGUUUGUGGGAACAAGGUCGAGUCUAUGACUGUAUUAAGACCAUCUACUAGAAUCCCAUACAGAGCACUCUGCCCUGAUCACAGAGGGAAGAUGCUGGAACAUAAAUGCUGCCCAGGCUGUGGAUGCUUCUGUUCAACGGGUACAGUCAUGUCAUGCACCAUUGAGAAGAUACAUCAUACAUUCCACAAGGAGUGCAUCCGAGAGAUCGAAGGCACCCUCUACUGCCCCCACUGCGGUGACGAUGCGACCUUCGCCAAGGAGGUCAAACUCCCCACCACACCGGAGCUGGAGAAGAUGAAGACCUUACCAGGGUCGGUCCUCCUGAGCUACGGUCAGAUCAAGCUGCCCAGGGCACUCCUGCAGACGCUGACGGGGAUCUCGGGGUCGGUCCUGAGCAAUACACCAAGGGCUGGAGAGAUGGAAGCUGGCCGGAGCAAAGUACCAAACAGAGCAAGAAUCUCAUCAAAUAAGAAGAUCAAAGGACAACCCACAGAGAACGGUGUUGAGGAACAAAGUCAGGAAGCUAUGAAGCAAUUCACACUGAAGAAUGGCAUUGUCAUUUCCACAGCAUCACUGCCAGACGGUCCCUCACAGGAGACUUUAGAGAAGGCUUUAGAGUUCUUAGACCCUGUCAACCCUAGGAGACAGAGGUUUCAUCCUAAGAAUCUCUACAUGUCAUCUUCAAAUGGAGAAAUGGAGAAAGUCUUACAAAUGCUUAGUGAAGGAUUUGAUCCUAACUACCGCUUCCCAGCUCAUAACCUUGAGACGCCUCUCCAUGGCGCAGCAUCUAAAGGUCACCUUGAUAUCCUCUGUCUUCUACUUCAAUCUGGUGCUAACAUUGAUGCCGUAGAUGCAAACCUAGCUACACCAGUGCAUGCAGCAGCAGACAGCUCCAAUCUCAGCUGUGUACAGUACUUGGUCACCUGUGGAGCUAAUGUCAAUCAUAAGGAUGAUGAAGGAUCCACAGUACUUCACAUAUCAACAAAGAGUGGCAACAUGGACAUGCUUGGCUAUCUGCUCACACUCAACAAGAUCGACCUCAAUCUACAGGAUAAUGGUGGCUGGACACCUGUUAUUUGGGGAGCUGAUUAUAAGAAUGCUGUCUCGGUCAGGUAUCUACUAGAACAUGGAGCGGAUCCCUUCGUCAGGGAUAAGGAGCAGAACAUUGGUCUUCACUGGGCUUCAUACUCAGGAUGCCAGGAUGUGAUGGAAGUCUUCUUGAAUAAUAACAAAGAUAACACGGACCAUCUCAAUGCACUCAACGUUCAUGGUGAUACACCUCUGCAUAUAUCAGCGAGGGAGAAUCACUAUGGAUGUGCCAUGCAACUGCUGGUACGCCAUGCAGAUGUGACGAUUAAAAACAAUGAGAAUGAGCUUGCUCUGGAUUGCUCAAGACCAAAGUCUGAUGUGUAUCUUGCCAUCCAAGCUAAUAUCCGCAUGAAGAUGGCCAUCAAGAGGAGAAACAUCAGGUCAGAGGUCAUCCUAUCAAGAGAUAUAGCUCAUGGAUUGGAGAACAUCCCGAUCCCUGUCGUGAAUUCAGUCAACAACGAUGGCGUCCCAACAGACUUUCUCUACGUCAAAAACAACUGUGAGACGUCAAGACUUAACAUAGAUAGAAACAUCAAACACAUGCAGGGUUGUAACUGUGCUGAUGACUGCUUCAGUGAAGCGUGUGCCUGUAGUCGGAGUAGUGUUAGGUGCUGGUAUGAUAAGGAUGGGCGUCUGAUGCCAGACUUCAACUACCAGGAGCCUCCCAUGAUCUUUGAAUGUAGUAGAGCCUGCAGGUGCUGGAGGAACUGCCGCAACCGCGUCGUCCAGAACGGUCUCAAGAAGCACAUGCAGGUCUUCCGUAGUCCCUCAAUGGGAUGGGCUGUACGGGUCAUGCAGGAUGUGCCUAGGGGAUCAUUUAUAUGCGAAUAUGCAGGAGAGCUUUUAUCCGAUGCUGAUGCAGACCAAAGACAAGAUGAUUCCUACCUCUUUGACCUUGAUAACAGGGAGGGUGAUGUGUACUGCAUCGAUGCCCGUUUCUAUGGUAACGUAAGCCGUUUCAUCAACCAUCGAUGCGAUCCCAACAUAGUUCCAGUACGAGUGUUUAUUGACCAUCAGGAUCUUCGCUUCCCAAGGAUUGCUUUCUUUGCUUCAAGGGAUAUCAGGGCUUAUGAGGAGUUAGGGUUUGAUUAUGGUGACAAGUUCUGGGCGAUCAAGUCCAAAUACUUUGUGUGUGGUUGUGGAGCCGCGAUCUGCAAGCAUAAAGGGAAUAAGAUGCACAUGAACCUCCUCAUGACUGCUACCACUACAGCAACUCCUAUGGCAACACCAACUUCUUCUAAAUGAGGAGAGUCUAUACAUGGGUGAUAUUUAAUAUGUAAUAUCUACCCUACCCACCGUUCCCUUCACCCAGUCUCCCCCCUUCCAUCAACCCCUUCCCUCCCCCACAACCCCUUUGUUCUCCUCAUCCCUUCUCUCACCCCUCCACUCGCCCCUUCCCACGCCCUUCCUUACUCCUUCCCAUUCCAAGGUUCUACGUACUUUUAAUUUAGGAAGCUUUUGAUGAUUAUGAGCUAUGUAAAGUUCAUCAAUGCAUACAAGAACAAGUGGCCUAGUAGAUUCUCUCUUCAGCAGUGACGUAACAGAGUAAUUCAUUAUAAUACACUUCACUAUCCUUUACCUUUGUCAUCAUAACAAAGUGUUUUUUUUUUAAUAUCAUUUUAAUGAAUUAAUAGAAUAAUGUCCUACUAGAAAAUACUUCCCAUUUAAUAGUUACUUUAGAUAUACAUAGUUAAAACAUUGUAGCUCAUGAAAAAGAAAUUUUUGGUGCAAAUAAAAACAUUCUGGGAGGAUGGUGUCAAAUCUACUGAGUAGACAAAGAAGUUAGUUAGAAUCUUGUGAGCUGGACUCGCAUAAAUGAAUAUUUGAUAUUAUUUUUUUUAUCCUACUGUAUGAAUAGAGAAAGCUCAAAUGUAGAUAAGAACAGUUUUUUUUUACAGUUAAUACCACAGAGUGGAAAAUCGUUGAAGG